GGCCGGAGCGCGCGAGGCUCUAGGGCGGGGCUAGGGCGGUGCUGGCGCGACGCAGGGUGGGGGCUCGUCCGAGUGGGCGCUGCGGGUUUCUGCUGAGCGUCAUUGUGUCGUCGUGGCUGAGGUCGCCUCAGUAGCCAUGGCGAAAGGCAGAGUUGCCGAGCAAUCUCCGACCGGCGCCCUCCACACGAACCUGGUGAGGGACGGGAUGGCGGGGACGCGGGGGCCCGCGUCAGCGGGGAGUGGAGCUCACCUGAAGGAAAAAGCCCAGGCAGAAGCUGGGUCAGCAAGAAUGUCACUGCUUAUAUUGGUGUCCAUUUUCCUGUCCGCAGCUUUUGUUAUGUUUUUGGUAUAUAAAAAUUUUCCUCAGCUUAGUGAAGAAGAAAGAAUGAAUAUGAAGGUUCCCAGAGAUAUGGAUGAUGCCAAGGCUCUAGGAAAAGUCUUAUCCAAAUAUAAAGACACCUUUUAUGUACAAGUACUUGUAGCUUAUUUUGCUACAUAUAUUUUCUUACAAACAUUUGCUAUUCCAGGCUCUAUAUUUCUCAGCAUCCUUUCAGGGUUCCUGUAUCCCUUUCCACUAGCCUUGUUUCUUGUUUGUUUGUGUUCCGGACUUGGUGCCUCAUUCUGCUAUAUGCUCUCCUAUUUAGUCGGGCGACCAGUUGUAUACAAAUACCUAACAGAGAAAGCAGUCAAAUGGUCACAGCAGGUUGAACGUCAUAGAGAACAUCUUAUUAACUACAUUAUAUUUUUGAGGAUAACACCGUUUCUACCUAAUUGGUUUAUUAAUAUUACAUCUCCUGUGAUAAAUGUGCCAUUGAAAGUUUUUUUUAUUGGCACUUUUCUAGGUGUUGCACCUCCCUCUUUUGUAGCAAUUAAGGCAGGAACAACGUUGUACCAGCUGACAACAGCAGGGGAAGCUGUUUCCUGGAACUCAGUAUUUAUUCUGAUGGUUUUGGCUGUUCUUUCUAUUCUUCCAGCCAUCUUCCAAAAAAAGCUAAAGCAGAAGUUUGAGUGAAAAAAAUCUCUGAGUUUUAAAUAUCCUGUCAUCAUCGUCAUCGUCAUCAUCAUCAUCUCAGGAUUAGUGGAUUCGUCCAUUUACGGUUUUUCUCUUUUUUAUUUUUUCCAGUGGUGGGGAUCAAACCCAGGGCCUUGCGCAUGCUAGGCAAGUUUUCUACCACUGAGCCAUAUGCCCAACCCUCUUGGUUUGUGUUUUGAAGUCAUUACUUCUGUAAUUGAAAUAAGGAAUUUAUGAAUAAAAUUUUUCAUUAGUUAAAAUAAUAUAUUUAAGUGGCAAGGGGAAGUAAAAGUGGAAAUUCAUAUACUGCAAAAAGUACUGUCAUUAAAGGGAGCUACAGGUAGAAAAUUAGUGGCGUACAAAAUUCUUGGUCCAACUGAGACUUUCAAUGUAAUAUUUUUCUUUCAUGUCUUAUAACUACAAUAGAGAGUGGUACAGUUCUUACUAAUGUUAGCCUUCUUUCAGGGCAUGUAAGUGGGUUAACUAAAGCUUAAACAAGAUUUACAUCCGUUCUCUUUCAAGUAAUAAAUUUGUUUGGAGUUUGCAUUUUCAUUAACCACAACACUGGGAAAAGGUAUCAAGUUAUCUACUUGUGAAUUUUACUUCUGUCUUAAGUUUUUAUCAUGGAUUAUUCUGGUAAUUUAAGUUCUAGUGGUUUCUGUUUUCAUUUUUUCUAGUUCAUAUAUAAAAUGAAUAUUACAUGAUAACUUAUUGAUGUUGAUAAUUUGUAUUCAGAUAAUAUUUUGUUACAAUGUGUCUGAUAAAAGAGGAUUUAAAGAACAGAAACUCAAAGCAUAUUGUUUUUAGACAUUAGAAUAAUUAUAUUUUCAAACAAAAAUGGGCAGCAUGACACAGUGGAUAAAUAUAUUUUAUUUCUUACAGUGACUAAAAAUUUACCUCAGUGUGGUCAUUAGGGAAUGUGUUAUGUAAUUAUCCUUUUUAUACAUGAUAUAUCUAUAAGAAUGUUUUAUUUCUGUUGGUGACUUUCUUUGGGGCUGCUUUUGAUUAGUGCAGUUUUCCUCUUGUAGACUUUAUUUUUCUAACUCACACACUAGAAUUAACUUCUCACAUGGUAACAAUUAUCUUUAAAUAGUCCUGGAAAAACCAAACCACUAUUUGCUGCUUAGUUAAUGGUAAUAUCCUUGAUUCUUUGAUCUGGGACAGGGCCAAUCAGUCAGUUUUAACCAGGCAUGGUGGUACAUACCUGUACUCUCAGCACUUGGGAGGUUGAGGCAGGAGGAUCAUCAUGAAUUCAAGGACAGCCAUGGGCUACAUGGUGAGCUCAAGGGCAGCUGAAGUGCAUGCCAAUACUCUGUGUCAAAAACAGUAUGAAAAAGUAAUAAAAGCGAAUACAGUACUCUGUCACUUUUCUUUUACCCCAAGCUUGUCAUUAUGUGGAAAAGUCUCUUAGCUAUGUGGGAAAUCCUUUUGUGUGUUCAUUGUGAAGAGUAUGAUCAUCCUCACAGCCUGAUUCUACUACAGAAUGUGGACUGAUUCAUUUUUUCAUUUUUUUUUUUUUCUUUUUCGUUUUUAUCAGUACCGGGGAUCAAACUCAACGACUGCCUGCUUGCAAAGCAGGCGCUUAGGCCGCUGAGCUAAAUCCCUAGCCCCGAUUCAUUUUUUCUAUUACAGUAUUAAACAGAUUUAUUGUAAAUACAAAGAAAAUACAUUGGGUUAAUAUAGUAGUCUUAUGUCACUUGGACUUUCAUGUAAAAUUAUUUGUAGUAAGGUUUUAUUCCUUAUUCACUAGAGGCUGAGUGGUAAAGCUUUUAUUAUUUUUACAGAUGAAUUUAAAACAGCCUUUUGGGACAAAGCUCACCUAACAUUACUGUGUAAAAUGUAAUUGAGUCAGUUUUUUUAAAAUCAAACUUUGAUAAAUAAAAGUAAGAGCUUGGACUCAGGAGAACCCUCACUAUUCACUCUGGUGUGCGUAUGUAGUACUUACUCUAUUUUCAGAGUAAUCACUCUGUCUUUUGAUAGAUUCUUUUCGUUUGCUAAUUUCUCCUCUGGUUAGAAAAUUGUAGCUGCCACUGUAGGUGGGAUGUGUUUUCUUCUCCCAGCAAACAGCUGCUCUCUGCAGGCUCAUCAUUGACGGUCAGGAAACCUGCAGCAGACUGGUCCCUGAACAUAGCUGGUGGCCUGUAUUUGUGGAGUCACAGACUGGCCCUAGGCCAGGAGUAAUUUCAAGCUUCAAUCACCAUCACCACUCCUGCCUCCCACCCCAUUUUGGUGCUGGAGGCCUUGGUGUGCUAAGCAUGCAGUAGUGGUGAACCUAUGGCACACGUGUCACAGCAGGCUGUUACCAUUGAAAACCUAGAAGGUUUGUUGUCACUAUCCUAGGCUCGCAGUCACACAUGAAAGAUGGGUACUUAGGGAUGGCUGUGAAAGCACGCCAGCUGCUGUGGGAGGCAAGUGGGCUGACUAGGAAGCCACCACUAAGAAAGAGAAACAGUUCCCUGAAUGUUCUCUGUGGACUUCUGUUGCCUUGAGUGUUAAUAUAUCUGAGACUUAUUAAAUGCAAACUAAAAUGUAAUAAAUUUUACUAAGAAACUUAAA